UCAAGACGAUGCCUGACCGGGACCCGCCAAAUCUGCUCAGAGGGGCAGGCUUAAUAUAUUCUCGAAGACUAAUACAGAGAUAGCCUGGACUCCCUUUUAAGUUUUCCAGCGGUUGUAUUAGUUAAAACUACGAAUCACAACCCAAUCUUCCAAGAUUCUCCAUAUUACCGUCGCCUGGGGCAAUUUGUUCCAGCGGCGUUGGGGACAAAUAAACAUGCAGAGUCUCAACCCUUUACCAUGACGUCACCAAGUUGGACGUCAUUAUUCGGCCUUCACGACACAACGGUUCCAGGAGCUAUACUUCGUACAUAUGGGAGUACCUCCCUCCGAUCCAUGAUACUAUUGUUCCAGUAUAUGUCGACUUCCAUACUACGAUAGCUGUCCCCAGUCUCAAACCUACCAGCAAACCUUCAGCAAUUAAAACAACCCAAAGUAGACGAUAGAUCAAGUCAUAACAUCACCAACAAUGGCCUCCAACAACCCGCAGACCCAAUCAAACCCUCACAACCCCAGCCCAGGACAAAGGCAGCAACAACCUGGUCUCCUAGCCGCCCACGCCGAGUACAUCAAGGGCGCAGCAGAGACCGCCGUCGGCAGCAUUACGGGCUCCCACGCCUGGACGUCGUCGGGCGAGCAGGACAAGGCACAUGCGCGGGCGGCGCUGCAGGCCGCCGCCGAGCAGCGGGAUCCUGCCAAGGCCGGCUACGGCCGGGCCGAGGAGAUUGCGGGCAAGCUCACGGGUUGCGAGGGCAUGAAGCAUGAAGGGGCGGCGAGUAAGCAGCGGAAGGAUUAGGGUGAUCAGUCCAUGUGUAGGUAGUUUGUGGAGGUGGAGGGCUUAUCCUGGGUCCUGGGUUGAGUUGCAGUGAUGCCCGUGGAAAUGUGAGAUGAGUGUUAAGAGGCUUUGUGGUGGCAAUAUGUCCCGGACUUUGGUGGUCACUGGCG